CUUCGGGCGGUGCCAAGAUGGACGCUCCGUGGGCUCGGGAGCAGCUUCGCCGGCGUUACCUGAUUCCCACAGACGCCGAGGCCCGGCUGGACCACGAGGGCGACACCGGGCGGGAGAGUUCUACAAUUGUUGAGACAAAAGAAAAACCUCUUCCAAGACUCAAUAUCCAUUCUGGAUUCUGGAUUUUAGCAUCCAUCAUUGUGACCUAUUAUGUUGAUUUCUUUAAAACCCUUAAAGAAAACUUCCACACCAGUAGCUGGUUUCUCCUUGGCACUGCCUUGCUGCUUGCCAGUUUAUCCGUGGCUUUUUACUGCAUCGUCUACCUGGAGUGGUACCGUGGCAUCGAACAGUACGAUGUCAGGUAUCCGGCACUGGUGCCCAUCACAACUGCCACUUUCAUCGCAGCGGGAGUUUGCUUCAACAUUGCUUUGUGGAGCGUGUGGUCGUUCUUCACUCCUCUGUUGCUGUUCACACAGUUCAUGGGGGUCGUCAUGUUUAUCUCGCUCCUUGGAUGAGCCAAGGGUAAGACCUCCAGAGCGGCGUUUCUCGGGGCGAUCUCACGGGAACAGGGUCUUUCCCGACAGUUGGAGAGGACUCCUGAGUCACUCGGCUGUGCUCGCGCCGGAGCCUUUCGCCCACUGGGCUCUUUCCUCAUGUGGAAUUUGCUCUCAGGGCCACUUCUCGGAGAAGGCGCCCUGCUUUUCAGAGACCUGCUGGAGGUAGCAGCGCACCGCCCAUCGUAGCUAAGUUCUCACAUGAGGCGGUUUCGUACCGAAGCCGACUUCUGUUAAGUUACACAGCGGUAUAGUUGGCCAGAAAACUUAAGGCAGGGGGGUUUGGAAACGUGGGCAAUUUGACCUAACUUCGGGGGCGGGAUGCCUACAAUUUCCAUCUGUCCUGGCUGCCUCAUAAAGAUUCAGUGGAUGGCAGGGCAGCCUCUCUUUCCCGUGUUGUGUAAAGACUGCUCAGACCUUGCCGGGUCUGCUACCUUCCACAGUGGGGUGGGUUUCUGAGCCGUGUGUUAGAGAAACGUGUAUUUGCCUGACUGCCCUACCCUGUGUGUUCAGGGCCAUGGUGGAAGGACAGAGAGACACCCUCCCGUGUUACGCUGUGUCCCAGUGUGGAGGAAAUGGAUUUCCCGCAGCACUGUCCAGAUAGUCAGGCGAGGCCCAGGGAAGGGUUUCUGCCGCCCACGAGUGACGUGCCGAGCCGAGGAGGCUGCCGUGCCCACUGAGCACUGCCCUGCGCUCCCUUGGGCUUGAAGGGAGCGUCUGACUGUGAAGAUGUGGACAUAGUCCCCUUCCUGCCAGACUGAGAAUAGUCGCUAGCACCGUGACCAUGGUCACGUGGACAGUGUCCCCAGACGUCAUGCCAAGUGGGAGGACCUGUGGGACUUCCUGCAGUGGCCGCUUGUGCCCAUUCAUGGGUGCUGCUCAAGCAGCUCAGGGCUCAGCACUUCUCUCCCUGCCCGACUUCCACAGCCUCCUGCUGGCCACACACCUCUGUGGCUCUGACUUCUCAGAGCCGGGGACGCUGAGCUUCCCGCCGACCUGGAUAAUGGAGAGCACCGUGCUGUAGGGGCAUCGAGCUGGAACCGUGCCUUUUUCCGGUGAGGUCCUGAGCUGCACACAGGGUGCUCACACGGCAUGUGAACGCUGGUUUCCUUUCAGGCUUGCGGGUGUGGACAGGAAUGAUCGGAUGUCCAGCCUGCUGAGAGCAUCGUGGACAGUGGAGAGGUUGCAGCGUAUCCUUGUGUCUGAAGUGUUGCCUGGUCUCCUGGGAAAAACUGCAACUUUGGAGAAUAAAGUGCAUUUCUUUUGCAUAUUGUCAAACCCAAGUGAUGAUUGUAUUUCAGAAGUCUGUGUUAUAUAAAAAUAACUAUUUUCCGAAGUUAAUCUGAAUCUUUGGAGGAAGUAACGGUUUCAUUAUAGGUGCAUUAACAUGCUACCAGUGGUUGGAAUCCAUGCUGCUCUUUUCCCCUGCAGGGGAGCAGUUUGUGGUCCUAAACGCCCGGAUGUGGACAGAGGAAUUCUGGUGUCACGUGCCUUCAGUCCCACUGCUGUCUUUACUGUCUCAUUUUAUAGUAGUUGCAUUAGGCGGUCGGACCAAGGGGAAAUAUUGUAUGUUUUCUCAUCACUUCUGAUUUUACCUUUGUGUAAAUUACUGGACUUUUGGCAUUUUUAACAUAAGAACUUUUGAGUCUCUUAAGUAUGUAUUUUUCU